GUGGGACACAGAGCAGAGACCAAAGGUGAAGUGGGCGGAGACUGUGAAGGGAAUUACUUCUAUGAAAGUCGAUGCUCUUGAUUCUAAGUGAAGGGUUGCUGCUGCUCUCCAGUCAGAGUGAAGUGAUUGCGAAGUGAUUGUGAAGUGAUUGCCGAUGGGUUGUUAGGGCGUUGCCCCUAGAGAACUGCUGUUUCUGCUGCCUGAGGGACAGGCUUUUUAAUAAGGGUUUCAGAGCUGACUGGGCAAAGAAACGAAAAAAAAAUAAAAAUAAAAAAAAGCAGUGGUGCUCAGCCAAGCAACCAAGAUGAAGGCGAACGGAACAGUAGUGACAGAGGACCAUCCCCACAGCGAGAUUCACAACGAACUGAAGAAGCUGAAUCCCAACUUGCCCGAGCCAAGGGAGUUUCACAAGAAAGAUGCCAUUGAGGAACACUUCGACAAGUUGCCAUGGUACCUAGGGGCACUGGGUAGGUCCCUGACGGUCAACCUUGGGGAGAGCAAGUCUCUCUUCGCCCCUAUCAACAUACCCUUGGACAGGAGACUGCAAACGUUUGCUGCCCUCUUCUGGAUGUCAACGUUUCUCUUCAUGGGACUCGGUGCCGCCAUCUUGCUACUCUACCUAUUCUUCUAUACGCAGUUCUGGUGGUUUCCUGUCUGCUAUUUCACCUGGUAUCUGGGGGACAGGACGAUCUGUGACAGGGGAGGCAGAAGAUUCCACUGGUUCCGCCACUGGGUGUUGUGGAAGCAUUUCCGCGACUACUUCCCGAUCCACAUGAUCAAGACAGCAGAACUCGACCCUACCAAGAACUAUAUCGUGGGAUACCACCCCCACGGCAUCCUGUGCGCAGGCGCCUUCUCCUCCUUCGGCACGGAGGCCACGAACUUCAGCAAGGUCUACCCAGGACUAACUCUACUGAUGACCCUCGAAGUUCAGUUCCGCCAACCCUUCUACAGAGAGUUCCUCAUGUCUUCGGGUGCGGUAAGUUGCAGCCGACAGAGUAUUGACUACAUCAUGAAAAAGGAGGAGACGGGGCAGACGAUUUGCAUCGUGAUUGGUGGAGCCAAGGAGUCCUUGGACUGCCAUCCUGGAAGAGCCGAUCUCUACCUCAAGAACAGAAAGGGCUUCUGCAAGAUGGCUCUGAGAUAUGGUGCCUCCUUGGUUCCAACAUUCGCCUUCGGCGAGAACGACAUCUACGACCAGGUGCCCAACCACAAGGGCACCCUCAUCCGGCGGCUGCAGACGGCUUUCCAGAGCGUGGUCGGCUUCGCUCCCCUGAUUUUCUUCGGCAGGGGAGUCUUCCAGUACGGCUUCGGCAUUAUACCUUUCAGGAAGCCCAUUUACGUCGUAGUUGGAGCACCCGUCGACGUCCCUCAGGUGAAGAACCCGACGCAAGAAGACAUCGACAGAGUUCACGAAUCUUACGUAAAGGCUUUGACAGAACUCUACAAUAAAUACAAGGGAAUGUACUCGGCUUAUCCUGAUGUAGAACUGAAGAUCCAGUAAAGUUUUAAAAAAGUAAUAAAAAUAAUAAAAAUGAAAUUCCUUGAGAGAUCUGUUGAAGGAACAACGCGUGAAUGUUUUUUUUUUUUUUACAUUUCUUUAGUCCUAUCCAUUGUAAUACUUGCUAUCUGUUGUUGGCUUUUAACAGGAUCUGUCGGAAAAAAAAAUAGUUUAUUUUUAUUUUUUAUUUCCUUGACACUGGACCUAAUUGACUGAUACUACUUAUUUUCUGUAGUAGGUAGUCUUAAGUAGUU